GACACACCAUGAUGUUCAGUGCUACCUUUCCUAAAGAGAUUCAGAUUCUUGCCAGGGAUUUCCUAGAGGAAUACAUUUUCCUGGCAGUGGGAAGAGUGGGCUCCACCUCUGAGAACAUCACACAAAAAGUGGUGUGGGUGGAAGAAAGUGACAAGAGGUCUUUUCUCUUGGACUUGCUAAGCGCUACAGUCAUUCCCAGCGAGGUACAGGACAAUACUGGAGACAGCAUUGAAAAAACUGGUAAGAUCCUUGAUCAACGGUCCUAUGGUUUUCAUUCCAUUUUUUUAAUUACAUUUUUGUUGACAUGA